AAGAGAGAGUCCGUCCUCCUGAAGUCAGGCUGGAAGUUGCUGCCCGCUGCGAUGAUGCGCGCAUAGCCGGUGUGACUGUUCAGCUGCUCACAUGGAGCCGAGCUGAGCUGAGCUGAACGGACGCGUGUCGAGGACGCCUCGCUUUCUCUCCGUCUGUGAACGAGAAGAAACUAUGAGAAAACUCAUAACCGCCACUGGAGCGCAGGAGACCUCUCAUAAACGAUUUUGAGAUGAAGAAGGACAUUGACACAAUAAUAGCUGAAGAACGGGCUGAAAUCAUCUCAAAAUAUGACAAGGGCAGAACAGAGGGCGUGCACAUUAACCCUUGGGAGGAUGCCAACUACAGCCUCUAUAAGGUCACAGACCGUUUUGGCUUCCUGCACGAGGAGGAGUUGCCCACCCCAAGUGCAGUGGAGGAGAAGCAUAAACUUCAGGAGAUUGAAAGGGUGAAUAAGUGGCUUAAGAUGGUGAAAAAAUGGGAGAAGUACAAGAACAGUGACAAGAUGAUGAAGCGUGUGUAUAAGGGGAUCCCCCUGCAGCUGCGGGGUCAGGCUUGGGCUCUUCUGCUAGAUCUGGAGGAGGUGAAGAAGCAGAAUGAGGGGAAGUAUGAGGAAAUGAAGCAACAAGCCAGGAUCAAAUCAAGUGAGAUCAAACAGAUAGACCUGGAUAUCAACAGGACCUUUAGAAACCAUAUAAUGUUCAUGGAGCGAUUUGGGGUCAAACAGAAAGCCUUGUUCGAUGUGCUGACGGCCUACUCUGUCUACAACGAGGAGGUCAGCUACUGUCAGGGCAUGAGCCAGAUUGCUGCCAUUUUGCUUAUGUACCUGAACGAGGAGGACGCAUUCUGGGCCCUGUCCCAGCUACUCACCAACCAGAAGCAUGCUAUGCAUGGAUUCUUCAUCCCUGGCUUUCCCAAACUACAGCGGUUCCAGGCUCACCAUGACCAGAUACUGGCUAAACUCCUUCCGAAACUCAAGAGGCACAUGGAUAAGGAGCAGAUGACUACUGGUAUAUACACAACCAAAUGGUUCCUGCAGUGCUUCAUUGACAGGACACCUUUCACGCUGACUCUGCGUCUGUGGGAUAUUUACAUACUGGAGGGAGAGAGAGUUCUAACUUCAAUGGCCUACACUGUCCUACGAAUCCACAAAAAGCGUCUGCUGAAGAUGUCUUUGGAGGAUCUGCGGGAGUUCCUGCAGGAGAGCAUCUCCUCUUCCUACAAUCAAAGCGAUGAUGCAGUCAUAGAGCAGCUGCAGGCCGCCAUGUCUGAGCUACGCAAAAUGAAGCUGGAUCUUCCUCCUGCAUCAAAAGGCGAUGAGCUCCCAAAGAAACCCUUGGGUCAGCCAGACAAAAGCAGUCACUUACCGGACUCCAACACCCAAAAUCAGACACACUCCGUCCCUUCAGCCAGCCCAGUAAUACUUUACAGCCAAACAAAGGAUUCAGUGCCCCAAAUUGUGACCUCAUACUCGCAACCUGAGUGUGAUGGGUCGGAGUCUAGAGCAGAGAGCCAAAAUAGUGCUGCUGAGAGAAAGCUGGCUUUUCCCUCUGCAGGGGCUACUCUCUCACAAGAGAGUGCUGUUCACAGGCCACCUUCAGGUGAAUCCGAUUUCCAGGGAUAUGCCAGUGACUGGCCACCUCCAUACCAGCCUUCUGAGACUGACGUGUCCAGUGUGCACUCUCUAAACCUUCCUGAACUGCCCCCUCCACCUCUUCCAGAGCCAGUAGUUGAGCUUUUACCCCUGGAUGGUAAAGCAUUACCACCACCCCCACCAGCACUAACUCAUGUGGAUCUCAACCAGGUGGAUCCAUGUUCCUCGCCAUCUUCCUACAGAGCCCAACGGCAGCUCAGCAAGUUCCCUGUCGGCUUGUACGUACCACCAUCAGCAAGCGAUCGGCGGCCCUCUAACACCUCCCAUUAUGAUAACCUGUCUGAAGAGGACGAGUCUCUGGAAAAGUUGCUAGAAAUUGCAGCAACCUUGCCGCCAAGCCCUGAAACGGGCAGAGAACUCUCCAGCCUUCCUCCUCUCCCAGAGAACAGUGCCACUUACCCUUGGCCCCACCCACCAGGAUUCUUUUAUAUACCUGAGUCUGCUCCACCUCCCCCACCAAAACCAUGCCUGCCCCCACUGCCUCAGGAACUGGACUACCGAGGGCCAGACAACUGGGUCACUCCAGACUGCAUCUUCCCUAAGCCCCCUCCUGACUUUGCAGAUACACCGUCCUCUGUCCCCUCCCCUCUACCCUCUGUCAGGUCCAGUCAGGCCAGUCGGGUCCAGAGUGACACUUACAGGAACCAUCUGCAACCUCCCAGAGUCCCAGUAAAACCAGCAGCAGCACCGUCCCCUACACCCCCUCCAGUGCGGUCUGAGUCAGGCUUUAACCGGAUACACGUCCCUAAUUGCCAGCUGCCAAAGCGUGACCUUCUGAUGCAGGAAACUUUUGCAGUUUUUUGUGUGGCACUGUAAUUCACAAAAGGUCAUGUUCCGUCUCCAUGAUGUUUGGAAUUUUCCACGUCAGGCCAUCCUGUUACACUCUGUUUUUUUUCGGACUGUUGUAAUGUGUACAACUUUUUUACCCUUAAAGAUUUGAAUUUCUUCCUGUGAUUGUCAAAUUUUGUCUAAUGUAGCACAUUUUUGCAACGUUGUUGGUGCUUCUAUGUGUGUUUUGGGUGUUUACAGCCACUCAGGAGCAGCAGUGUGCUCUUGUGCUUACGUCUGUUUGGCUUACCUUGUGCCUUUUAAGCCGUUUUGUUUUUUAUAGUUCUCGAUAUUAAGACUAAGAUUUGUAAACUCAAAAUCUGAUAAUUUGUACACAGGACACCAAAAAGCUUGUUAAACUAGAUAUUUUUAAGUGCAUCAGUGUAUAUAUCAUUCAGAUUGCUGCAGAUUGAAUACAGAAUAAGUGCCCAUGGGCUCAUAAUUCCUCUCAGUAAUACUUCAAUAAUGAACUCCAGCAAUAAGUAUGUUGUGCAUGUGACUCAAACAUAGGCAUGUUCUGGAAAUGUCUCACUGAUCCCCAUAAUAGGCAUAUGAUUUAUAGUAUGCAGUGUUUUUAUUUGUGAAUAGUUUGUCUUGUGUGUGAAUGGAGUGCAUUGGUUUAGGCAGCUUUGUGUUUUUUGUAUUGUGUAAAGCUUUAACGCACAUAGGCCCACCUAAUUGUCAAAAAAAGACUCAUUCAUGUGUUUAUAUUCCCCAAAAAUGUGUAUCAUAAAGGGCGCAUACCAACGUGAGGAAAAUUAAGGACGUUA